AAUGGGAGAAGCACCCAUCUCUAACAUUGUUCAUUUACACUUUACACCUACCAAAGUCUGUAACUGUGUGUGUUCAAUUUUAUGAGAAGCCAUGGCAGCACCCACCAGUUUUCUUCCAUUAUCUGCUACUCUUCUUCUUCUUUUAUGCUCCACCUCCAUUGCUAUCCCAAUCUCAAGAACUACAAAUCUCAUGGAUGGAGGAUCACUUAAAGAUUCAACCAAUAUCCACUUGGAUCAUGUGAAAGAAAGCUGGAAGAUUGAGACAGAAAGGAUGACAUUAGAAGUGAACGAUUAUCCAGGAUCUGGAGCUAAUAACCGCCACACGCCAAAGCCUUAAUUAACAAACAACAAGAUGACAUAUAGUGCAGUUAGUUAAUGAAGUGGACGGCGAGUUUAAGUAGUAGCCGAUAAUAUGAUUCAUGCUACAGCCUACAUAUAUAAACGUUAACUAAAUAUGUGCUUUAAUUUUAGUACGUACCAUGGUAUGAGAGUCUAUUAAUAAUGUAUCUAACCUGCACCUUUAUUAAUUAGUGAUUGAAAUAUGAAUGUUGGUCG